AUUGGAAGUUGCAGCAGUCCAAAAGCUGCGCUAUCCAACAUGGAACGCCUCACUUUACCUCGGAUUCGAAAACUGUCACGGUUACCAUCUGGGCUUACACGAGCAACAACAUCUUGGACCUGUGCAUCAUGUAGACACCAGGCCAACCGCGGGUGGCGGCGCAUGGCCAGCACCGCAGCAGCCAAGAAGCCAUUCUACGUGACGACACCGAUAUUCUACGUCAACGCUUCGCCUCACAUAGGUCACUUGUACACCUUGGUUUUGGCCGAUGUUUUCAAAAGAUGGAAGGUCCUUGAGGGCGAAAAGGCACUACUCUGUACAGGCACCGACGAACACGGCAUGAAGAUACAGCGUGCCGCGGCCUCCAAAGAUAUGACCCCGAAACAGCUCUGUGACGCCAACAGCGAAGUAUUUCUCGAUUUGGCAGAGAAGGCCGGGAUCGACAACGACUUUUUUAUACGCACCACCGACCCAGAUCACAAGGAAGCCGUCCAGUAUUUCUGGGACAGGCUAUGGGAUAGAGGAUACAUUUAUGAGGCGACUCACAAGGGCUGGUACUGCGUGAGCGACGAGACCUUUUAUCCAGAGUCCACAAUCGAGAAGAGAAAAGAUCCCAUGACGGGAGAGGUGUUUCUCGCCUCCAAGGAGACUGGUAAUGCGGUGGAGUGGAUGGAGGAGAAGACUUACCAUUUCCGCCUGACUGCGCUCAAGGAUCGGUUACUAAAGUUCUUUGAGGAGAAUCCUGAAUGGAUUGUGCCUGCUCCGCGGAUGAAUGAUGUGGUUGAAUGGGUCAAGAACAGCCUGGAGGACCUCUCCGUUUCCCGCCCCACCAGUCGGCUUGACUGGGGCAUUAGGGUGCCCAACGAUGAGAGUCAGACGAUUUAUGUGUGGAUUGAUGCGCUGGUCAACUACAUCACCAAGGCAGGCUACCCAUACUGGACGCCUGAGACGGCUCAAAAUGGCGGCUGGCCGGCCGACAUCCAAAUUAUCGGCAAGGACAUUGUGCGCUUUCACUGCGUCUACUGGCCAGCCUUGUUGAUGGCCCUUGACCUGCCAUUGCCCGGGCGCAUUCUCACACAUUCCCACUGGACCCUCGGUGGAAGAAAGAUGUCCAAGUCUUUGGGCAAUGUGGUGAACCCCUUCCUAGCCAUGGACCGUUUCGGCGUCGAGGUGAUCCGCUAUUUUCUCAUAUCCAACGGUCGUCUCCUCCACGAUGCCAGCUACGAUAACAAGAUUCUGGUUGAUAUCUACAAGAGGCAGCUCCAGGGCGGUGUGGGAAAUCUACUUGGACGCGUGAUGCGGUCUAAGAAAUGGAACGUUCCCGAGAUUGUCGAGAGGUGCAGUAAAGAGGGACGGCCUACCAGCUCAGAUGUUGAGCCAACGUACUCGUCAUUCGAAGAACGUCUCGCCCAGCUACCAGGGACAGUCGCCAAGGCCUUUGGCGAGUUAGACCCAGGGGCAGCUCUGCGCAAUAUUGCCGAUAUGGCUACUGAGACAAACAAGUUCAUCACCGACUGUGCGCCUUGGAGCGUGGGCAAAGUGGAUGAUGCCGACGUAGCAGAGCUGAAAGUGAGGUCGUGCAUUUACCUCUGUGCCGAGUCGCUGAGAAUCAUGGGUAUUUUGCUACAGCCCUUCAUUCCGAACAAAUCCAGCGAGCUCCUGGACAUGUUAGGAGUCAAGGAAACGCGUAGGACUCUGUCCUACGCCAGUCUAGGAGCCGAUUCCACGUACGGCGUGCCAAGUGUUGCCUUGGGAUCCUCGGGUGUGUACUCGGGGCUGUUCCCGGCCCUUGUUGUCGAGGGAUAGGCAAUUACUGCUCGGC